AUGCUCUUCUCGGCCCGUUCUGGGAACUUGAGGAAAUCGAUAAAAAGAAGUCUACACAUCAAGGCAGCCACAAAUGUCCGCUCUGCGUUGUCUCUACGAGCAGGCUCACCUUCCAGCAAUGCGCUGCUCUUUUUGCGGCUUCUCCGGAGCCCAGGACACUUGACUUUCGUGACGGCGAACGUAGCGCUUUUGGUGCAUCUUCAGAUGCUCAGCACAAGACAUAAACAUCAGCUGGCCAAUCAGUUUGAGCUGGACUUGGUCGAACUCCAGCGCUUUGACGAAACUGUGCUGGAUUUGGAUUCAGAAACGGAGCUCAUCCAGAGUCAGAUCAAUCUGAUCAAACAAGCUAAACGAAAGGAUUCUGAGGUUCGGCCGACCCAAAAUGGAUUCAGAAGUGGUCUUCUCUCACCGCAAUUGGUCGCAAGACGUCUCCGAGCGGAACACCAUUCGGAAAACCAAUACAAAUUAGCACAUUCAUUUGCCAGUCAACGCGUGGCAGUCAAACUGCUAGCGGAACUGCCCGAGCUCCUCGAGAAAUUGUUUCCUGAAACAACCGAGGCUCCAGUAAACGAAUCUUUGGUUGAUUACAAGGCCGAGAAAAAAUACACUUCGCCGCUCCAGAAUUCUUUGAUGCUACUCUCCUCCCUGAUGCUCAAACAGUUCCUCGUGGAACUCAAUUUAAAACAAACAUUUAAUGAUGAAGCGCUACUAAAUUCAUACCCAGAUAGUUCUUACUUGACAGAAAGCAAUUUGUCAAAGUCGUUCACAGAAAGGGACCGCGCCAGUGUCGCAUCCUUAUUAGAAUCUCUAGCCGAGGAUGGCAAAUCCGUCCAUCUCAAAGAUAUUCUAGCAGAUGUCGGCGACAAUGUAGCUUUCAAUAGCGUCGGUCUGAAAAGAGAAGACUUCUACAACUACAAGUCUGCUCAUUGGCUCAACUACUCGUACAGUGACGUGACACAUUUAAUAGAAGCCGGCCCGCAGCCCCGCUUUCAAUCACCUGUUGUUAACGAUGAAGAAUACCUCACCAAAAUUACCGCAUUGUUUUCGCAGCACAAGGCUGACACACAUCCUUUCAGACACAUCAACCUCGCGCUCGGAUUGGCCAAGCUUCUCGCGAAUGGAGGGGUGUACAGUCCGUCGCUCUCCAUUUUCAGGGUUUUGCUUGACAAAUUUGGCGAGCUCCGCAUGUAUAGCUAUCAAUCGCUCGUUUACGAUGCCCUUCCCUCUUUUGAGAAUGGGGACGCCGAUCCCCUCAGUGAGAGGCCAGAUGCAGAUAGUUUCACCAGAAGCCUCUAUGUGAAGCUUAUUGAGGAGGAUCCAGAGUAUUUACAAUCUUUAAUCAGGUACGAAACAAGAAACGAACACUACGACAACUUGAAAUACCUUCUCAAUUUCCUCGAGCCGGAUGGGAAGCAAUUGCCUAGCUUCAUACCUCUGUUCUUCUCCAACAAGGUGGUCAAGGACGCAGCAUUGGAUAGCCGCCACGAGCCAGUCCUUGUUAGCCUUAGCACCAUCGAAAAUGCUUUAGAUACAUGCGCGCAGCUUGGAGACUAUGAGCGUAUGGACCGGCUCCUCAUUAAAUUAUUUGCAUCGCUGGUGACAACCGCAGAGGGCGUACGUAUAGCCUUGAACAAACUCGCGGAUCUGUACCCUACAGUCACCAAGAUGUCACCUACUACCAGCUACAAAGUCCUCCUAACAGAUAAGGUAUUAAAGACACUCGGAGAAACAUACGUCAAGCGCAACGAUGUGCUUCGUCUGCAAUGGCUCCAGCCAUAUGUACAUGCGCGCUUACAGGAAGAUUCAUCGUCGGCGGCGCUUCGGAAGUUGGGAUUGCAACUUGAGGCCAUUACUCCCAAAUCGAAAGCGGGAAAACCCAAAACCAUGACCUCGUCUACGAAAGCAAAAUCCGACAAAUUCCAAAACCCAAAAUUGCAGCAAAAAAUCCUCAGCCGCGAUAUCCCCAUUUCUUCUGCGCGCAUGGAUCGUGUAGUGUCAAUGGCUGCCUAG